UUCUGCUGUGUGAGCAGGUGAACAAAUGACAUUCACAGGAUUCCGCCUAUAAAAUCCCAGACUACCAGAUAGCUGCUCAUUUCAAAUCCAGACUGCCAGGCAAGGCAGUUGCAGAUCAGAGUGAGAGUUAAGGCUGCCUCUCUUCAGCAAAUGAAUUGUACAAAGUAUUGACCAUGCACCCUGCUGCCAAUAGAAACGUGGCAUCUUCCCUAGAGAGACGACUUUGUCUUUUCAGUUUGGAGAUUCUGAAAUAUGAAUAUGAAGAGCAAAUGAAGAAGCCCUAAGAAUCUUCCUCGAGAAGGGCAAGUUUAAAUGACUUUAAAAACAGGUGGCACGAGGCUGAGCCUGAAGCUUUUUCAAUUUUUAAAAUCCCAUGAAGAUAAAAAACCGAUUACUUGGCGGGGGGAAUUAAAGAGAAGGCUACCAACGAUGAAUCCAGAAGGCUGUCUUUUACUAGACUUGGAAGCAGACUUUGCCCUUACCAGCUCCUGCCUGAAUCAGAGCUCCAAUCAUUCUAGCGAGGACUGGUUCUAUCCCGGGGUGACCUAUGCCAUCGUUCCAAUUUAUGGGAUCAUCAUUCUAAUCGGACUCAUUGGAAAUAUCACUUUGAUCAAGAUAUUCUGCACUGUCAAGUCCAUGAGAAAUGUCCCCAACCUGUUUAUCUCCAGUCUGGCUUUGGGGGAUUUGCUACUGUUGGUGACAUGUGCCCCGGUGGAUGCCAGUAGAUUUCUGGCAGAUAAAUGGCUUUUCGGACGUGUGGGCUGUAAGCUUAUACCUUUUAUACAAUUAACCUCAGUGGGGGUGUCUGUUUUCACCCUGACGGCCCUUGCAGCUGACAGGUAUACUGCAAUAGUAAGGCCUAUGGAUAUUCAAGCCAGUAAUGCUCUGACUAAGAUUUGUAUCAAAGCUGCGCUCAUCUGGAUUUUGUCCAUGACUCUCGCUAUCCCAGAAGCCGUAUUCUCUGACUUGCACCCUUUUUAUGACAAGGAAAUCAAUGUAACGUUUGUGAGCUGUGCGCCCUACCCUCACUCCAACGGACUGCACCCCAGAAUCCAUUCUACAACGUCGUUCCUAAUUUUCUAUGUUAUUCCGCUUUCCAUCAUUUCCGUGUAUUACUAUUUUAUUGCAAAGAAUUUGAUCAGAAGUGCAUCCAACAUGCCAGUGGAAGGAAACGUCCAUGUGAGGAGACAGAUUGAAUCCCGGAAGCGACUGGCGAAAACCGUGUUGGUGUUUGUUGGACUCUUUGCUUUCUGCUGGCUGCCCAUCCACAUCAUCUAUUUAUAUAGGUCCUAUCAUUACUCAGAAGUAGACACGUCUGUAUUGCAUUACAUUAGCAGCAUCUUUGCCCGGGUCUUGGCUUUUACAAAUUCUUGUGUCAAUCCAUUUGCCCUUUAUUUGCUUAGCAAGAGCUUCAGAAAACAAUUUAACAACCAACUUUUCUGCUGCCGAACAAGAUUCAUAAUUAGGACACAAAGCAUGGGCAGAAGUACAACCAGGGUGACGUCUCUGAAAAGCACGAACCACUCCAUGGCUAGUUUUAGCCUCGUUAAUGGGAAACACAUCUGUCACGAGGGUUGUGUAUAGUAAAUAUGUGGACACGGACUUCAAAGGACAUCGACCUACCUGCAAAGCACCUCCAUUGAAUUAUUUUUUUUUGUUAAAACAUAUCUGUAAAUAUUGCAUGGAUUUGUUCGGUCCACUGGACUGGAUAUUUGUGCAAAUUGUCAUGUGUUAUUGGUUUCCAAGCAGAAAUGCUGCUAUUGAGGAAUCGGCAGAUAAUUGCUCAUGUGAAAGAUUUGCACAUGUACAUGCCUCCAGAUAUUUAAAAUAAUGUAUUUAUUUUCAGUGUACAGUGACUCCAUUAAGGCUUAUAACACACAUAGGGGUGUAUUUAAUUGAUGAAUUUAGUGCCAUAUGUAUCACCCCCAAAUACAUCCUAAAACCUGUAAAAUUUCCUUUUGACAAGCUGUGUUUUACCCUUUGAAAAAUAUACCCCAAUGUGUAUUCUCCCUGGUGUAUUUCCAACAGCGGUGACAGGUGGUUGCCAUUCAAGUCAAUGACAGGAACGGGGAUGGAGUUAUCAGCCUAAAUAGUACAGAACUGUACAGAAUAUUGUUUACUUUCUCUAAUCUAAUCAAUGCUCUCGCUUGGCAUCAGACAGGGAUUGCGGUGCAGUCCAUUGAAAUCCUUUCUGUUCUACAAUAUUUUUUUAGGAGGAUUUUUCAUCUUAAAGGGGACCUGUUGCUUUAAAGAAAAUACUUCCAAAUCCUAUUUUAUGAUGUUAGUCAAAACAAAAUAAACUUCACUGACACUGAAAAAUUAUUUAAAGGAGAAGGAAAGCUACAGAGGCAGUUUAUUGCCAAUAGAUUAGCCACAACAGUGCAAGCUAGAAUGCUAUAUUUAUUCUGUAGAAUUGUUUUCCAUACCCAUAGCUCUAGACACUGUUUUUGUUGGUUUAGUAUAGCAGCUGCCGUAUUAGCUUGACAUCGCUUCCUGCCUGAGUCUCACCCUGAUCGUUCAUAGCUCUGA